UCUUGAACACCAUAAAACUACCAAAACUAGGCCAGCACUGCGUGGAUGUUGCAUUGUUUUAUUUCAGUUCGCAGCCAGAUGUGCCUCACAAAGUGGCACCUUCCAGCGAGUACAGUAAGUUCUGUAAACUGCGACUCCCGUCGUUCCUUGCGUCAUUGUGUCAACAUGGCGCCUGUCUGCCGGACAAAAGGCGAAUCUGUCUGACGGAGGAUUGAAACCCAAUUAGAAACAGAGGAGACAUUUUGGGAAAACUGUCAGCGUCCGUGUGUCCUGGCGCCCCAAGGCGAUACAUAUAUGGUAAAAGAAACAUCUGUGGAGGCUCUUAGACUGGAAUAUUAAGGAUGUUCCAGCAGUGUGAGGAGCCUCGUUUCACCAUCGAGCAGAUUGACCUCCUCCAGAGGCUAAGGAGGACAGGAAUCACACAGGCGGAGGUCCUCCACGCCCUGGACACCCUGGACCACCUGGACCGGAAACAUGGACACAAGUUGCCCCAUAAACCUUCCUACAUGCCUCCCUCGUCUUCCUUGUCUUCUUCUAGCACCGCCGCCGCCUCUUCUUCUAUGACUUCCACCGCCACUCAGACAACUUUCCCUGACAACCGGCUCUCACUGUCGCCUAACAACAACUUCGACACCACCUCCCCACCUCUACCAAUGCCAGUAGCCUCACCUGUAGCCAUCGCAGGCGUAGCUCAGAACGGUCUAGUCGCUGUCACCAAUGGGAAGCUCUCGCCGCCCCGGUUUCCUCUUGGUGUAGUUAGUGGUAGUGUGACGGCACCGGGCUACGGGUUUGAGACCAGUGAAGAGGACAUAGAUGUUGAUGACAAGGUGGAGGACUUGAUGAGGAGGGACAGUGCUGUGAUCAAAGAGGAGAUUAAGUCCUUCCUGGCCAACAGGCGAAUCUCCCAGGCUGUGGUCGCUCAGGUAACAGGGAUCAGCCAGAGUCGGAUCUCCCACUGGCUCCUGCAGCAGGGAUCAGACCUCAGCGAGCAGAAGAAACGAGCCUUCUUCCGAUGGUACCAGCUGGAGAAGACUAAUCCUGGUGCUACUCUUGCCAUGCGAGCCGCCCCAUUGGCUCUAGACGACAUGAUGGAUUGGCACCAAGCCCCGCCUACCUUUGGUUCUGCCCCCACGGGCUUCCGUCUGCGGCGAGGGAGCAGGUUCACCUGGAGGAAGGAGUGUUUGGCUGUUAUGGAGAGCUACUUUAGUGAUAACCAGUACCCCGAUGAGGCCAAGAGGGAGGAGAUUGCCACUGCCUGCAACGCUGUCAUUCAGAAACCAGGGAAGAAGCUGUCUGAUUUGGAGAGGGUAACAUCUCUGAAAGUCUACAACUGGUUUGCCAACCGCCGCAAAGACAUCAAGAGACGCGCCAACAUUGAAGCAGCCAUCUUGGAGAGCCACGGCAUCGAGGUUCAGAGUCCAGGAGGUCAGUCCAACAGCGACGAGGUGGACGGCAACGACUUCCCCGACCAGGGCUGCGAGGUGUCUUUAUUUGACAAGAGAGCUUCAACCAGGCAAUUUGGUUUCAGUCGAGCUGACCUGUCCUCUCCGACCCAGGUUCCCACGCUGCUCCCCAGCUGGUUUUCCACCCUGGGUAGAGGGGCCUUGUCUGGACAGAGGGGCACUUCUCUGAUCGGCCGCUCCCUAGUGUCAGUGGUGGGCCCUCAGGCGGAGGGUUCCAGAUUGUCAGGCGUGUCCUGGUCUCCGCCCUCACCCUCCCUCCAGGACGAACCCACCAUCCACAGCGCGCUGUCCGAGCCCCAGGACCAAAUCGGCUUGGAGAAGGCGGCUGUCGACCACAGCAACCAAGCCCUAGCCAAUCAGGUGGAUGGAGCAAGGUGCAGUAUGGGGAAUGACAUCAAGACGGAAACGCUGGAGGACGACUGAAGGAGGGCAGUGGAUAUUAGAUUUGUCGGAGUAGUGAAUGGCAUAAGAUCAGAGGUGUGUUAAUAUGCAAGCAGAUGUUAUAGGAAUGUAAUAAGUGAAAAAAAAAAGACCAAAAGUCGUGUAAACUCCAACCCUGAGAUACCUCCCAACCCUACCUCCAACCACCAACCUACUCUGCUACGCUCUUAUAGGUAUUGCUAGUAUAUUAUAAUAAUGAUGAUAAUAAUUAUACACUUUUAUUUGUUUUAUUUUAAGUGCACCACAGCACACUAUGAAAAUGCCUGAAUGAAAACAAAUCAAACAAAGAAAGUGACACAGUAAAAACAACACACAGUAGCAAUGUGUAUUAUUAUUAUUAUUAUUAUUAUUGUUGAUUUGUUUUAUUUAGGCAUUUUUAAUCUUCCAUAGCAGACUGUCUAACAGGACAGGAUGUGCAGAUUUCUUUGGAAACUGCAUUUUUCACAGCAGGACAACACUGUAUUUGACACGAGGUUCAAAUAGUUUCAGGGUCUUGUACUGUGAUCACAACACAACUGAACAGCCUCAAAAGAUAAAAUACCUGAAUUUGAAAGUUAAGUUCAUUAUAACUGUUUUUAAAAUGACUGUAGCACAUUUCAUCAUCAGUUUAUCUUAUUUCAAAUUGUUUUGUUGUUAAUUCCUUCCAGUGAGAAGAACAGCAGAACAAGCUCAGUUUCCUCAAGGUCACGGCUCGUUGAUAUUUCUGCGAGCCUAAGAUGAUUUAAAAAAUGUAAAAGAGAGAAAGAAUAACCUACUCGUCCUUACCCUGCCCUGGUAAAAUAAGCUCAAUAUAUGGAAGAAAAGAAAGGUCAUUGUGAUUUUAAAUUUUGUGAGCAACUGAAAACAGCUUGAAUUAGUUUCAUUUGAAAAUUAACUAAUUAUGUGGUUAAAUUCUCCUCCAGUAAUUAAUAUCAAGUUCUUUAAUUUCAUUUAAUUUCAAACGUCAAAACCUGGCACCGUGAAUUUAUUUGGAUAAUGUGACUGACAGACCAUUAUCUGAUGGGCCAGACAUCAGAUUUAUUUUAUCACUGCUAAUUUGGUGUCCCAAAUACUCAAAUGUAUUUUUUUUUUUACCUUGAAUCUUGAUUUUAAUGUCUGAAUUUCACCAAUUCACAAUGAAGAACUUGAUUUUGUUUUUUUUAUUAUUUCAUAUUAUACUUAAUUUUAAACACCAUUCAGUGGCAUAUAAAUAUCAACAGUAAGUAUUCAGUAGAUAAUUCACAAUUGGGUGUUCAGUUGCUUGCAAGAUUCAAAUCCUCACAUCCUCUCUUUGCUUCCAUAUUAAUAACAAGUAAUUAAAAGAAAAAGAAAAAAGAAAAGAAAGCGACACAUUUGUACAAAAACUAAAAACCCAGACGUCCAGGUGACCGAGUGUUAUUCAUUUUGUGCAGAAUGAAUGAAUCACUGUGAGAUGAUCUGUAAUUACUACAGAUCAGUUGGGAGGUAUUCAACAGUGUAACAAACUGUUAUUACAUACUAUUAAAGAAUAAAGUGAAUACAUACAUACCACGUGUAUGUAUGCAUACACACGCAUAUAUAUAUAUACAGUAUAUUAUACAAACUGUGGCGGUACAUAUUUAUAUAUAUGUACCGGAUCCAUUUCUAUUUACAGUAUAUAGACGUAUUAGCUUCAAAUGAGAGAAACUGUCAGUAUGAGUCUUUAUUGUUGGUGAAAGGUGAGUGAAGCAUUAGCCAAAGUAUUAAGUUUAAAUUUGGUGUAGUGUCUGAGUGUAUGAUAGUCACGGGUGGAACUAUGUAUUAGAGAUAUGCUAAUCAAAGAUGCAUCAGAUGUGUCAAAUUAUUGCAAGCAAAAUGCAUUUCAUUUUUUAAUUUUUUUUGAAUUUUUUUUUUAGGUAUAUCUGUGUUUGUGCUCGACAUGCCAUGUGUUCUAAACACAUACAGUCAUGUUUAAAAUUGUGUUUUCAUUCUAAAUGAAACUUUAUUGGAUCAAUAUCAUGGUGCUUAGAGUCCCUGCUGUUGAAACAGCGCGAAUAACAGACCAGAGAGGCAGUAAGAGAAAAAAAAUGUAUCUGAGAAAGCUGAUUUUUUUAUUUUUUAUUUUUUUUCCUGAGAAAGCUAAUAGUUAAUCUUUUAGUGAGCGAGUGGGAAACAACCACAGCAAGAAGUGUUAUUUAGCUGAGAAAUAAAUAUUUGAUCAAACUACUCGCACGAAAUAUUUAUCCCUGUAUAGCCGUUGUAGAAGACCAACUGUUUUCUGCCUUUGUUAAUCUCACAGGGAAUUUUCUUUUUGUUUCUUUUAUUUCUGAUUUUGCCCUUUUUAAGACGUUUGGGCUUAAAGAUAGUCUGACAUCGGGUUGGCUGAGAAACAUUCAUUUUACCAGCGUUUUCUUUUAAUUUGAAAGAAUACUCGCUAUGAGUCAAUUCCUAAGAUAUAUAUAUUUUUUCUAUUUCUUUUCCUUUGUUUGGGUAAAGUUGGAGAUGUGUGCAUCUUAAUAACAGCACAACAAACAAAGCACUGACCCAUUAGCCCACUUUUUUAUAAAGUUGUUGCCUGUUUACGCAUCACACAGACACAGAGCAACUUUAGCAUUAAAUUUAAUAUUGACUUUAAAUCCAAUAUCGACUCUUCUUUUAGCUCUGUUUAGGUCUCCACUAACCCCUGAGGUAAAUAUGUGGCUCUUAACGUCCCACUACGUUCACCAGCUAUUUGUUUAUUUGCUGUUCAGUGCUAGUCAGGUAUUGUACAGCAAGUUAGUAAAUAAGUGACACUAAACACUUGUUCAAAAGUAAAAAAUACUAGAGUCUGGUGUAUCAAUUAUUCAGUUUUCCAGCCAUCCAGAGUCAUGUCAGUAAUGUUACAUUAUUUUUUGUUCAACACAUGAAAUAUACUGUUUUUAAGUUGAAGUGCCUUAUUUUUUUGCAGUGUACUAACACAGUAUCAGUGCACAAAGAUGGACUUCUACAACGGCUGUUCAUACAUCACUGUAUCAGAAAUAAUGCAAGAAAGCUAAACACAUGAUGUUCUGUAACAGCCCACACUCACGUGGCUUCGUUCAGAUCGGUUCAUCAUUGUUCAUCACCAGGUGCUUUACAGGCUAAGCUACUAGUUCAGAGUUUAAAAAAAAACUCAACACAAAUACCUCACUUUACCCCCCGCAGCUAUAAGCUACACACCCCCCCCCAGGUUUUUCCACAGCUGCUUCAAUGUGAAUCAAAGUUUAGACAGUCGAGAGUAAAAAGUAACUGUAGAGCUGAUUUUAUUCGGAGGAGACUGACAGCAAACUGUGACGAGGCUGUAAAGACGGUUCACUAGCUGAUCAGGGACAACAGAGAUGUCAGUGUCCUUUUUCUUCUUCUUUUUUCAAAAGGGAAAUUUCUUCUUGAACUCGAGCCAAUAAAUAUUAAGUUUGAAAGUAAAGGGAAAUUCCACUUCAAAAAAAUGUAUUCAUUCAUAAGCUCCUGCCUCCACCAGAGUCCAUUGAAUGCUUCUAAAACACGUUUCCCGCUCGGCCUGGUGGAAUACUAACACAACUCGUCAGUGUUUGUGUUGGAGAAUUUAAGUUUUGUGGUGGAAUGUCUCUUUAAUCGUACGGCAGCAGAGCUGUCCCGGGUGUCUUUGCUUUAUGACAUUAGUCACUUCUGUAGCUUUCUGUCAUCUGUUUGAAUUAUUUACACCAAAAUAUCAACAUAUACUAUCCCACUGUGGGUUAGAAAAUGUUUGUUUUUUUUAUUUACUAUUAUUAUUAUUUUCUUUCAAAUCUGCUAAGCAGAAGCCUUUCUGACGUGAAUCUGUGGAUUCAUUGAAGACAACAUGCUUUUGAGAUUAUUUCAGGGUUUUAAAAUUGUUUCAUUCAUGGUCCUCUCAUGAAGAUGGACCCCUGAAGCAGCAAAUUGAUGUGAAGUGAAAAAAGUAGUUUAUUAGUGUAAUUUUUUUUGUUUGUUUGUUUUAGUCAUUUUGGAGCCAAAAAAGUCUGAGAGUUAAAAAAAUGAGGAACAAAAAAACAAUGAACAGAAACUAAAUUGGAGAUUGCUGUCUCAGUCUUAUUGUGUAAAAUAGUUAUUUUUUGUACCAUGGCUCGGUUCAAACGUGAAGCACACUAACUUCUCAGUUUUCACCUCAGACAAGCUUGUUAAGAUGCUUCAGAUUUACCUCCUCUGACACUUCAAUGUGGAACAGAUCAUCAAUACGAGCCAAAAUAACUACUUCAUGAACUGAUUUCACGACAGCAAUCUCUAAAUUUCUUCAUUUUGCUCUCAGCGCUUGACCCUAAAUUGGCUCCGUACUUUUUAUUUACGACAAUCACAGUGCCAGAAAGUAAAGUGUGUUUUCAUAUUAUUAUUAUAAUCAACUUGAAAAGCAUAGUAAGUGAAAAUUGUCAUGAAAAAAGAACCACAGUGAUACCAGUUUUCCCCAUAAACAUGACAUAGAACGCCUUCGCUCUUCCAGUUAUAUUCAGCACUGUGUCAGACUGCCCAUGUGCACUUUGUUUCUGACCGCAGCGACGGCAGCAUGUUGUCUUUUUGUCGGCUUCACUCUUCCUUCGCUGGUUCUUCACGGGAACAAAGCAGCUCUCGGAUCAGAUCCUGUUUUACACCUGGAAUACCUCACUGGCCCUUUUGAUGUAAUAAGGUUGUAGCAGCAUCUGAUCUGAGGCCUGCUGUGUGAACAAAGAGAAAGCAUGUGGGAUCUGGUUGUCUCUUACCUUUUGUCAAUGUGGUGAAUACAUGAGAUGCAGUAUGACAUUUGAAGAGUUAUAUUCCAAAAUGCUGUCUUUUAUUAUUAUUUAGGUGGGAAGAGUCAACAUAAAAUGUAGAUGUUCCAUUCUUAAUAUUCUCCUUUAAUCAGCCAAUGACUGUAAAUACUACUUUUAAAAAAAAGACCAUCUGGUUCAAACAUUUUAUCAGUCAUGUAAAAAAAUGUUUUUGUUUUUAUUAAAAAAAAAAGAAACCUGAGCGGUCACCAUUUCAUUUUGGCAAUAAACUCUUCAAUAAUUCUCGAUCGAAUGAAAAAUCUCAAACCUCAGCAGGACGUUUGUUGUAUCGGUUUGAACUGAGUUUUAUCCUCUCUCGUUCCUCUCUAUUUCAAGAUUUAGUGCCUUUUUUGGACAGUAGACUGUUCUGUAAUCGCUGUGUAGAAAAUCUACAUAUGCCUUUUGUUACUUUUUCAUCUGUUGGAUAAACCUUAUUUGUUAUUUUUAAGGUGUGUUUUUAUUGAUAUUCUAUUUACAAGGGAAUAAAAACUGAUCAGAGUCCAUGUGGUGUGUCCUGGUUUGUUUUGUCUGUAAGCCAACGUGUACAGUAAGCACUAACACAGCCUGGGCAGGUGGGUGGAGGGGUUUCUGUUCCAACCACAUCCAACUGUGCACAGUAAAUGUGUAUGAAGUCUUAGAAAUUAUAUUUUUUUAAAACAAAUUGUAUUCUGGCACGUGUUAAAAUAGAUGAAUGAAUGGCAGCUCCAUUCACUCAAUGAAGACUGCAAGAGCCUCAAGGCUCGGUUAAGUUUUUCUCUCAAACAUUAAAUAUUCACAGCCUAAUAAGAAUCAGACAAAGAAUAAAAUCAAAUCCUUUAAUUAACAGACUUGUUUCAUUGGGACCAUAUAGGUGUGGUGUGAUCAGGGUCGUCAUCAGCAAAUAUUGCUGAGACUAAAACACAACUCAUGUAUGAAAUAACCCGAACUGUUCAUUUUAUUUUGAUUGUUUUGAGUUCAUUUAGAUCUGCAUCACUCGCAGUGAGACUGAUUUUUACAUUGUGGAACAUUUAGGAGCAUCUAUUGGCAGAAAUGGAAUAAAAGUCAUAACUAUGUUUUCAUUAGUGUAUAAUCUGUUAAUUACCUUUUGAAUGAGCCUCGUCCACAAAAUCGGCUGUUACUACAGUAGCCUAGAACAGACAAACCAAACACUGGUACAUACUUUCAGAUCAGGGGUUCAGCAGUCUGUGAGCUCACCACUACAUGCCCACACAGUGGACCUUUUUAAAGGGCUCAGAAAAAAAAAAUCCAUAUUAGCGGUUCAGCCUUCAAUAAAUAGUAUGUAACUUAUGCAUGUCAGAAGUAGUCAUUGAAUUCAGGGCCACUGAUCAGCUUGUUUCAGAGCUUUCAAAUAUAUCACAAUCUUUGGCAGGAAGAGUUUGCAAGACGAUGACCGCUGGCAAAACAAUGAGGUACUGGGGUUGUCAACAGAUCUAUCUCCAUGACAACUGAGGAAACUUCAUCCGCUGAUAAAGAUGUGAAGUAAGUUUGAAGCCCCAGAACAAGUAACUAGUAAUUUUUAUGUCAAUAGAGUCGGGGAUAAAAUGUGGUUACCUCUUCAGAAUGUAUGUUUAUACUUCACUAAUAUUAGUUAGCAGUUUUUGGUAAAACAAAUCUGCAUUAUUACACAACAUGGUGUGAGUCUGCACAUUUCUUUGACCAUUAAAUCAGUUUGGUACAAAUAAAGAACAAAUACUCUGUUAAUCUUCCUCUUUUUUUAUUAUUAUUUUUUCUUACCAGAUUACUGUUCAGAUGAUAAAAAAAAUGAAAAUUAUAAAUGUAUUAUAAUACAUGUUUAUUCUUUGGAUUGCAGCAUAGAAUUACAUAAAACAAAAUUAAAUUAAUCAAAACCCAAACUUGUGCUCAGAUUUUUUCUUUUUAUAAGUCUUAAUAUGCGCAUAUAUACACACACACACACACACACAUACAUACACAGAUCAACCACUCCAAUGGUGCACUCACACAUACAAAUGACACAUCAAGACAAAACCUGCUCCAUCGAAUCAACAGUAGCAACAAACAACUGAUAAUGAUUAGAUAGGAUGAUAUAGUAAUACUGUUGACCAGGCCGAGGCCACAUUAAACCCAUGUUGGAUUAUUAAAAAUGUUUUCUCCAGCGUGUGAAGGCUUACAGGGACUGGAGGGGCUUUUUUGCAGGAGUAACAAGGUUCUACUAAAACUCCCUGACUUAGCAAGCACCAAGCCCUCUCCUUAAGCUCCUAUCAACCUUCCAUUAUUACACAGCUCUGUUAAAUAUGGCUGCUGGUACCUAGGAAAUAUUAACGCAACAUUGUACUGAUACCAACUGCCUUUUAAAAUAUACCAAGAGGAGAAGUUGUAUCUGAAUGUUCCUGGAAAGCGGACCCAGCUGUACAAAUUACAGGUCACUGCCAAAAAACUGCAACAGAAAAAAAAGAAGAAAAAAGACUGUGCACCUGCAACAAAGCUGCAAUGCAUCACCUGACAGUCAAGUAUUGCUCGUUUGUGUGGUUUAUUCUAAUAUUUCAGAACACACAAGAGGUGAACUGGAUUUCAGCCAGUUCAGUCGUGAAGCAGGUAAAACUCUGUCAGCUGAAAGGCCUCGGAGGAGGAGGAGGAGGAGGGGGAAAGGAAGUUGGCAGAACACUGGACAGGCGAGAAAGAGGUAGUAAAAAAGGUGAACGCUCACGACCGAGGCAGUUUAAUAUGUUUUAGUGCUGGCGAAAAAUACAAAAAUCAAGCUCAAUCCAUUGCUUUUUCUCAAACAGAACGCGAUCUCUGGCUGGUAGUGUGACGAUCCCGAGGAGGCAGAAGCUGUCGGGGGCAUGCUGCUGUAGGGCAGUGGUGAGUUGUAAAUUCAUUCGCUUUGAUGGUUUUCUUGUCGUAUAUAUAAAAUUCCCUGUGUGGGAAUCUUUUCUGACUGAGGUGUGACAGCAGCCUCUGGGAGACAACAUGAUGACUUUCCCUCCAGUAAGGCAGCGAUACAGGAGGGUUGGAUCAGUGGAAAUCUUUAGAAAUCCCUCUGAGGUCUUCAAAACCUGACAGCAUCUGUGACCAAAGGAUCUUUUCUACUCAACGUGUCGAUAUUAAUCUGGAGAUGGACUUACUCAUCAUGUUUUUAUGCCUUUUUAAAUUGUAAACCAGACUAUUUCGGAAUGACUCUCUUCCAUAGCACAGUACGCUGAGUGUUUAGAGUACAGCACGUCUGGGUAAGAGAGAGCUGAGAUUGUUCCUGCUAAAACCAGUCUGGAUCCAGAUUGAAGGCGACGUUAAGGCGGGGCACCAUGUUGCUCCAGACCAGUGAUCCCAUAGUUAGCACAGAGCUACAGGAAAUGCAACAGGAGGUGAAUGCAAUAAAGAUAUGGGACCAAUGGGUAUCUGAGCAAAACAAAAGCACUUAGAAAAGACUCAUUCAGAUCAAUAAGCAGUCUAAAAUAUGACUGGACACAAAUCAGGUUAAUAAAAACAGAACUGAAUGUGUUUUUUUAUGGUUGAUUCAGCCGCAGAAAUAACACUGCUGGCUUCGCUCUAAUCUCUUUAGUUACGACUAAUUCUAGUUUUCUGUGGAAAAUAAUUGAUACACCAGACUCUAGUAUUCUGUGGAUCGCGUGCAUCACGCAGCCCGCGAGCUGCACCCCACAUGUUCUACUAAAAUAACAGAUUUGACGCUGCAAACUGCGUGGAGAGUUAAAGAUGAGGAUGUGUGCGAGAAAAAAAAGAGACAUUUAUUACCACCAUGUUUGAGCUUGGCUCUGCUGUCAUGUUAAAUAAUAGCUCCCAAAUUAACCAAAUUUCAUCUUUUUUUUAACAGAAAAUUGAGUCGAGUGAAGGAAUGUAGCUCAAGAAUAUUGCUCCAAAAACUGAAACUCAAAGCAGAGAAUUCAAAUUUCAGUACAAUUUAAAGAGCAUCAGGAAACUUGAGAACACUUGAAUCGUUAAAAUAAACAAAAAAACAUUUUGUAUUUUCUUCCUACAUAUACAAGCGUUCCAGAAAUGAACUCUUCGAUUCCCUCUGGAGACUUCUGUGCAAAUGAAUUGAAGCACUGAUAUGAAAACAGUGUGUGGAAGAUAGAUAGAUAGAUGGUCAUAUGAUUUCUGAGGCACAAUAACGUAAAAAAAAAAAAAAAAAAAAA